UUUAUGGCACCUUCACUCCUCCCUCCAACUGCACACUCUUUCAGCUCAUUCUUUCUACUUCGUUUCUGCAAUUACCCCGAACAUUUUGAACUAUCUAUGGCUUCUUUCAUACAAAACCUCCAUUCCAGCCCUCAACCCUCGUCACAGUUCACUAAACUGAAGAAAACAACGGCAACGCCGUCACCUUCCUUUCAUCCAAGCCAAUGGGCAACACAGCACCAGCAACAGAUCUACGCCUCCAAGCUCUUCCGAGCUCUCCGUCAUUCUCCUCCGACCUCCUCUUCCUUCGAUGCCAAACAAGUCCGCGAAACGGCAAACAGAGUGCUGGCCGUCGCCGCUAAGGGAACAAUGCAUUGGAGCAGAGCCAUUCUAAGUGCUGCCGGCGCCAAGAUCAGGAAGAAACAUAAGAAAGCAAAGGUCGUCGUCGAUCGAAGGUUAAGGAGAUCAUCGGAGAUUAACAAAGGGAAGAAGAAAUCGACGGUCGUUGAAAGGAAGCUGAAGGUUUUGAGACGGCUUGUCCCCGGUUGCCGUAAGCUAUCUUCUUACUCGAACGUUCUAGAUGAAGCUAGAGAUUACAUAGCGGCUUUAGAGAUGCAAGUUCGAUCCAUGACGGCUGUUGCCGAGUUUCUCGGUGGUGGCGGUAUCGUUCGAGCGCCGCCGCCGGCUUAUCGGCUCGGUUCCAACGUCGACUCGUAAAAAAAAAAAAAAAGUGAGAAGGAAGUGAUAUUAGUAUUUACAAAUUACAGUCCUUAAAUGUAAUUAGCAAUUUAAAUAUAAAAAGUUAAUUUAAGAAA